AUGAUAUAUAAAGUGGGGUGGUUAACGACAAAGUCAAUGGAUAUUAUAAACAUUAUAUACUUAGAUCAGUUUUCUGAUCAUCGUAAUUCAAAAUCUCAUGAGGACACAACUGGUAUGGAAAUUAUUAGGCAGCUUAAUGGAUGGGUAGGCGCAUAUUUUGGUGUUGUCGGUAUUGGUGGGAUAGUCAUUGGCACUGGCCGAUUAUUGAAAGAAAGGUGUAAAUCACGAAGAAUUGGAGUUGACGUCAAAGGAGGAAUUAUUAAGCAUAGGUUUGAUGGUGAUACAAACCGUCUUCAUCGGCCAUUUAACACCUGCAAUACAGGAUGCGUCUUAGCUGGUAUUAAAAUUUAUUUGAACAUGUUAGAUAAUGAAUCGACUAAUAGCCAACGACGUAUUCAAGGACCUAUUGUUGCUGUGGCUGCUGAUACGGGAAUGAAGUAUACGGGUUCUUCGCUCGACACAGAAUUUUUAGACAGACAUCAAAUUCAACAUAUUCUAUACGCUAAAACGAAAACAAAUUAG